UGCUGAAAGCCUGAAAAUAGAUCUGGUUUUAUUUCACUUAUCUUUUCCCAUUUUUCUCCGCUGAAAAACCGAGGUUUGCUCUCGCCUCUUCUCUGUUACAAUCUCGUUCAAUUCGUCUCUUCUAUGUUCAUCUCGUUCAUAGAAAAUCAAUACUAAUGUGUUCAGGGAGAGAGUUGUUGAUGGAGCCAUAGUUGAUUGAACACAGAACUGUGUUGAGCGAGAGAAUUCUAUGAUAAGAUUAAAGUUUCAAUGAGAAUCGAUGAUGGAGAUAAAGAUCAUGAGUCUGAGAUUUAGAGAAAUAGAAUGGAAUCAAGGAUAGUUGAUGGUCAUGGUGUCGAUCCAUGUGUUGAUUCAAACUCAACAGAAAGAGAUGAAGAUUCCAAAACUCAUGCAUAUAGAUGCUGAAUCCAGAAGGAUUAUUGAGUGGAUGGAAAGCGGUGUUUAUGAUGCAUUACAGAAGAAAUACCUAAGAACACUUUUGUUCUGCAUAUCUGAAGCUAUUGAAGGACCUAUAAUAGAAGAAUAGGCGUUUUCAUUUAGUUAUUCGAAUUCCAACAGCGAAGAACAAGAAACAAGGAGCAACGUUCAGAUCUAAUGGCAAUGCAGCCAUUACACCAAAUAAAAUGAGGAGUUCUGCCUCCAUUAUUCAGAGGUUGCUCAGAAGAAGAAGCUAACCAUCCAUGGUUGAAAACCCCUAUCAAAAUGGAAAUAGGAAAUGCAGCAAACAUAUCGUCCUAGCUCUCGAGGUCAAAAGUAUCCUGGUACCACAUCAAGAUGAAAGCAAUGACAUGGAAGAUGAUGAAGCGAUCAGCUUGGGUGUUGAUUCAGUGCCAACAACUGAUCCUCCAAAUCCAGAUAACGAGAUGAGCCAUUCCAUGGAAGAUGAUGGAUACAUUGCAUCUCAUGUAGAUGAUAUACAGGAUAGGAUUGCAGAGCUGGAGGCACUAUUGAGGACUGAUGCGGAGAUCAGGAACAUCCCAUGAAUGGAAGAUGUUGGUGUAUGGAUGGGUGACUGAUAUAGGUGCUCGUUUUUUUGAAUAUAAGGGAAUGGGAUGAUUCUUUUUUUGUUUUCAUGCCAUAUGGGUGGGUGAUUUUUUUAAUAUAAGGGAAUGGGAUGAUAUCCUUUUUUUAUUUUCAUGCCAUCAGUUGUGUUCGCUGUUCGCAGCUUGUCCCAAACAUUACACAGGCGUACUUCUGAUGUUUUUAGAACAGUAAAAUAUGCUUUUUACUUGCAUGUAUAUAAGUUUCAAAGCUUUGUAAAACUUUAUAAUAUAUGAAUAUAAGUUCAAUGGAGAACUUUGUAAAACUUUGUUAUA